GCGAGGGAUAGAUAGGGGAGGGGCCAAGUACUAUAUAUUGAAGGUGAGACCGUUCCAGCGUCACACUACACAGCUACCGCCGAGGACCUGCUGAAAGUACUCCUCUACUGCUUCUACUGCUCUCCUCCGCACAAACCCACAAGACUCACAAUGAAGACCCAAAACCCGACUCUCGUUGCUGUGGUGCUGCUGGGGCUGGGGCUCGUGAUGCUUGCCGGGGACAGCCGCGCUCAGACUCGCGAGGACGCCAACUGCAUCGCCAACAUGAUCUCCCAGGCCGGGGGGCGUCGGGCAAGGGGAAUGGUGAUGCGGAUAUUGGAGCACUUCAAGAAUCGGAAUGGAACGAAGACGAUCGGGGAGAAGAUGAGCUCCAUGAUGCAAAUGUGCACUUGCUCAGAGGUGAACCCGGAUGCUACAGACGCUCAGAUCUGCCAGUGUGUUGAUGAGGUCAAGGAGUGUGACAUGAUGCAUAAGCCCAACAGUACCACCGCCCCCGAGGAAAUCCAGGGCAAAUACAACAGUUGGAUGGAGUGCAUGGGAGGAGAAAGGCUGUCCAGCGCUUUGGGAUGCAAGGAAACGCUCUUCACAAAUCCCGCCCAGAUGCUGUGUGAGAUGAAGAACCUGAAAGGCAUUUGCACCCAGACCGAGUGAGAUUUUUCUCCUCAGCACCUAAUUCUCAGACACAUUCAGCUCUCACAACUAUUUCCAAAGUCCACAAAGGAGAUUAGUCGGGUUUCCAUGAGUGUUUCUUCACGUUCAUGGUGUAGAACCCUUGCCAGACUAUCCCAAGGCUCAUAAAACUACCCAUGGAGAUGCCCACAACCUAUACGAAAGCCUUGGCAAAUGUGUGUGUAAGCUCCGUGAUGUUUGAGAAUAUGGGCCUGUCAAUGUCACUAAAUGGAAAAGAUGCCUGCUUGCCCAACCCAUGACCUACUCUUGACCUUUCUCAAGUCUAGCUUCUCCCCUUGUUCAGUAAUAGCCUAGUCUUCUUUUUCGUUCCUCCCCAUCAACACUUCCGUUUUCUUUUAACUUGGUUCUCUUAUUUCUAGUUUUCAUAUUUUCUUGACAUGGAAAAGAUGUCUGCUUACCCAACCUCUGAUCUAUCCUUGACCUUUCUCUAGCCUAGCUUCUCCCCUUGGUAAGUCAUAGGCUCAUAGGCUAGUCUUCUUUUUCGUUCCUCCCUAUCAAUGUUUCCAUUUUCUUUUAACUUCGUUCUCUUUUAUUUCUAGUUUUCGUAUUUUCUUGACCUGUUAGUUUGCUUUUUAUCCUUUGUUUAUAUGUUUCGUCCCCACUACUCCCUAUCUUCCCCCCCCAAUUCGUUUUCUAGCUUUCUUUUUUACCUUUUCUUCUAUCCUUGCAUGGUUUAUAAUUUUCGUUCCAGUUGCUCUCUAUCUUCCUAAUAAUUCCUCCCAAUCUUUCGGGUCGUUUUUUGUUUUGGUUUUUUUCCACUUCUCACUUAGUUUUGUUCUAGUUCGUCCCCCUCUCGACCCACGUCCCCAGUUUUGUUUGCACUGUUUUGUUUAGGCCUUAGACAUUGUAUCUAUUUCUUAGUUAUUACCGUUCCCCAGUUUUGCUCAGUUGUGUCCAGUAUUAAAAUUCGUUCCUGCCUAAUAAACACGACUCAUUUUUUGUGGUAAUUUAUUUUGGUUUUUCAAAUAAAUUUUCAAGCAUCA